CGAUAGCCACACAGGCAACUUUUAUGAAAGAAGAUACAACAAAAAGUUCUGAAGUACCUAAUUGUUACUGGUAAAAGAAUUUUACGUAUACACAGAGGAAUCAGACCGAGGUGUCUUUUUCAAACGAAGUCGAUUGGAUUUCAUAGAUCAAGAUGCGCUUCGUCGGAUUGAGUCUUCUCGCAGCGACGUGUUCCCUUCCCGAGGCGAGGUUUGCACGAGGGAACCGCGUCUUACGAGAUUUAGUAAGGUUUAAUCCCAAGGAAGUAGAUAAUUCCAAGAAAGCAGAUAUGGGAUCAGAAUGUGGCAAAGCAUCCAAUCCCAUUUUGCAGGAAGUCCUUGGAAAUGAAUCAGACUUUCCGUUCGACGUAGCCACCGUGGCCAUUACCAGCCAGCAAAUCGACGAAGUAGACUUUACUGUCUCGCAAGUAUUGAUUGAAGAUGGCGUCCCCAUGAUGGCAGUUAGUUACCGAUCUUUGGAUGGUCAUGACAUGUGUUCUAUGGAGGCCUUGGACGACGGCUCGUUGAUCACUUUCAACACCGGGAAGGAAAUUAAAGCUCAAUGCCGUCACGGGUAUGCUGAUGUUGGUGUUUACGCCUACAUCGGACCCAUGGAAGAUUUUAGUGUAAACGAGUGUGAAGCCUGUUCUGUUCCCAACAACAAUUAUAUUGGUUACCUCGUGUCCCUUCCUUGUGUUCCAGUUUGUGCAAAAGAGGGUAUCGAAUGUAUCAGCAAACCAACGGUUUAUCUUGCAGACGUUGGUCAGGAACAGAAAUGCAUUUACGAGGAAAGUCCUAUCAUUACUGAAGCAACAGGUAUGAAGACUGACUCUGUGGAAUUUCGCAUUUCCAACACCUGGCCCGAAGACUUUGCGGCCCUAUCCGUGUAUUCAAAGAAUGUUGACGGAGAGCCCGAAUGCACUUUCCUCGAGAAUAUGGAAGGAUUCUCUACUAGUGCUCCUAUUGAGGCCUUUUGUGACCGAGGGGUUGCGAACGUGACUGUCCUGAUUCAUUCAGAAGGUAUUGGACACUUUGCUACUUCUGUUCCAAAAGAGUGCACAAACACAAGACGUGAAAAACUGGGGACGUGUUCCUUUUCUUUUGUUGUUCCAUGUACCCUCGGGGAAAUUUGCUCAACUACUAAAGCACUCGUGACCCAGGGAGUAGUCAACUGCGCUCAGCUCUUGAAUCCGACUCUACAGAGGAUUAUUGGCAAGAAAGAAUAUCCAUUCCACAAUGGUAUUGUUUCCAUUGCAGAUAAAAAGAUAGAUGAGGUUGAUUUCACAGUAUCUCAGCUCUGGAACAGAAAAGGUAUUCAGAUGUUUGCCGUCUAUUUCAAAAAAGACGAGGAAGAAGACAUUUGUGUGACGGAAAGAAGUCAAUACAAUCGUAUGAUCCCGUACAAGACGAAAAAGAGGUAUACAGCCAAAUGUCACAAGGGAUUUACUCAAAUUGUUGUCUAUGCUUACGUCGGGCCUACGGAGACCUUUGCCAUAAAAGAAAACAAUGCUUGCAGCGUACCAAAUGAUAACUAUGUAGCUUACUUCGUGCAACUUUCUUGUACACCAAUGUGCAAGACAGAGACUCCGGAUUGCCUGGAUGUACCAACUGUCACUUUCUCAGAUAUAGAUGAAGAAGAAACUUGCAUGUACCAGAAAACUCCUAUCGUUUUGAAGAAAGCAAACAUGAAAGCAAAUUGGGUUCAAUUUAGUAUUGAAAAUACGUGGCCGGGAAAGAUUUCUGCAUUAUGGGUGAACUUCCUUAACAAAGAAGGAAAGAACAGAUGCGAAAAACUACACAAUCUUGACGCUUUCAGAGAAACAACAAUUUUCGAAGCAUUCUGUCCCGAUGGAUUUGCAGACGUCAGUGUUCAUAUCACCACAAGCGAAAUCAACCAUAGGUCAAAAAUUAUCCAAGAUAGUUGUAUGAUUCCAGAAGAAACGCAAAUUUGCUCCUACGAGUUCAAGAUACCUUGCAAGAAAGAACCAGAUUGUUUCAAGCUGUCAGAUUCAGAAAAAAAAGAGGAUGCCGAAAACGCAUUACAGAAGGAAUUAACGAAAGGAAUACACGUCCAAAGGAAAGCGAUUG